AUGUUGGCAUCAAAAUCUUGCAAGUACUUUACCAAGACUCUUUCCGCAUCGUCAUCACAGACUCCUGGACCUCACUUUCACGAAAUCAAAUCAUUUUGUAUAAACGCGAGACAAGGAAGGAAACAGGGAAAGAAAAGAUGCAUGACCACGCCAUAUUCGGACGAUGGAAAUCGUAACGCGGAUGGGAAAAUAUCAACGGGGAAAGGGAAACAACGUUUCGAUGGUGGUUCGUUGUCGAAAAGGAAAAUGAUGGUCAAAUCAUCGGAUUCGUUUUUCCUACGUGACAAACGUGUUCUAACGUUAGAAUUCCCGAUGAUGAUUAACGUCGGAAGCAUUUAUUCAUCUCACGUCAUUAUUUAUUUAGAUCCCUAA